CUCUCAACUGCCUACCUGUCAAACCUGCGAUUUUAAAAAAUAAUCCGGACACUUUUCACUGGAAAUAUGAUAUGCGUCCACAAGGAAAUGGUUUUCAAUCAGUUUGGUCUAACUUUGGAAUUAAUCUGAGCACCUUAUUUUCUUAAACGGAUACGUUAUUUUGUAAUAACCGUAGGAUAACCAGGAUGUCGGUGAUGGAUUUGUGCGUUUUUAUUUUAAUUGGAGUAAUUGCUGGAUAUGCAAGCGACGUUUCACCGCUUCGCAAAGAUACGCACGAGAAGAGCGCAGUUGCGACUGCACAGCCGAAUCUCAUCUCCAGAACGUCAGUUACCCCUCCGGAAAAGUUCACUGUGUCCACCGGCAUCAACGGAACAGCGUGCUAUCUUUGCCAGCUGUCAAAGCCACGAAGGAGAGAGAGGCGGUGCACGUGUUACACGUACAAAGACAAGGAGUGCGUUUACUACUGUCACCUGGAUAUCAUCUGGAUCAAUACGCCAGAGCGCACGGUCCCGUAUGGGAUGUCGAGUUACCGAGGCUCGGGUUACCGGGUGCGACGCUCUGCGACGAACAGGGCCGAGACACAGAAGCGUUGCGUGUGUGCCACGGUGAGCGACUUGGCGUGCAACAGUUUCUGCAGUGAGAGGGGGAGGUCACCAUGACCCUCUGGUGCAGGGGUGCUAAGCCAUGCCUCCUGUGUUUUCUUCUGUCUUAACACCUGCAGUCUUGCCUUAAACAAAAGGCUUACAUCCGUCGGAGGAGAAGAAAUUCCAUUAUUCAAGGAAGACAUAAAAGGAAAGAGGAGACUAACAAUGGAGUUGUUGUAGGAAGCCUGUGCAAUCUGGAAGCCAGUGAACUAAAGUAGGCCAGGCUGGGAUUUGACAGAUUAUUUAAAAGAACCAAUGCCUAACUUAAGACAUUACUUUAUGGCUUGACUCCUGGACGGCAACCAAUGCUGACUGUUUCUUUGAGCAUCAGAAUUUUUCAGCCGUGUGGCUAACUGUCCAUACAUUUGCAUUUCUUUUGCUGUGAUUACUGGAUUGUCUCAAGUCUCCUUUAAAGAUAUUAAAAAUAUGCAUGGUCUAAUUUAUGAUUGAAAUUUGCUAUGAUUUGAUUUCCAAGUUAGGAAGUCACUGAGCCCUUGCAUAAGUUGGAUGUUGGCUUAGCAAACACUGAGAUGGUAUUAGUGGGCAUUUCUCCACGUCAACGGAAAUGCUUCUGGUGAUAUGGCACUUAAUGAUUGACACACAAGCAGUGAAACAAAGGCAGUACUUUUUAAGAUAUUAAUAGUCCAUAAUUUAAUAUCGUGCAUAUGGAAAACAUUUUCAUUUUCUUGAUUUCAUAUUAUUACAUACAAUAUUUUUACUUGUAAAUACAGGCAUUCCAUCAAUUACAGUAUAUUUCAUCUAAAUGUUUACCACUUUAUUUUGUAGUCAUAAUGUUGUGGGGUUUUUUUGUUGGUUUUUUUUUAAUCUAAAAGGCCCUCAUUUCAAAUGUGGUUUUUAGUCACUAUUUUAAAAAGUUUUUGAUAGUUGAUUUUUUUUUUUAAUCAAUUCCAAAUUCAUUGGCAAUUAAAAUAAAAGCAUUUCCAGGUUUACUCAUUCACAUUUCAUUUACUGCCUUUCUCAGGUUUGGGGCUAAACCACUCGCUAAGACCUGCUCAAGCAGACAAUUCAGUGUUUUUAUGUUUCUGAUCUGGAAGGAUGCGCCACUAUUAUCUAUUCCAAAACCACUCCCAAAGCUCUGCAUGGAGAACUGUCACCAGGAAAAAUUCCCUCCGUCUGCUUAUCUUUGCCUCUGCCAUCAGUGGUGUUUGAAUGGAUGU